AUGACCUCAGACGCCCAGACCUCGACGCCCCCGACCUCAACGCCCACGACCUCAGCGCCCACGACCCCGACGCCCCCCGACCUCAACGCCCACGACCCUCCCCGGGCCCACACCUUUUACCCCACGACCUCCGACGCCCCCGAUCAGACGCCCCCCGACCCCCAGCGCCCAGACUCCGCGCUAAAGACCUCAACGCCCCCGAAACCCCACGCCCACGACCUCAGACGCCCACGACCUCCGACGCCCACGACCUCAGACGCCCACGACCUCAGACGCCCACGACCUCAGACGCCCACGACCUCAGACGCCCACGACCUCAGACGCCCACGACCCUCUGACCCACCACUUCCAACGCCCACCUUCCCUCCUGCAACACACAACCGGGAGCGGACUCUCUGUGCAAUAAAAGGGCGCUCCAUCAAGCCGCCCACUGGGACCUGUGUUGCAAGACAGUUGAGGUCUGCAAGGGCGGGAAAGGACCUCGCCGGCUGCACACGUAGUAUACACAGUCAUACAUCUUAA